CCCUCCCGCAAAGCCAAACCCUCCCACGGGGUCCCCGUGCCGCCGCGCCCCACCGCUGAACGCCACCCGAAACCCCCACGGGACCGAGCGACCGGCGAGCACGGCAUCGCGGGGCGGGCGGGCGCGGCCACGAGGCGAGGAGAUAUAGUCCUGCCCCUGCCCCUGCGAGCGCGCCUGGCACACCCAGUGCGCGCAGGGUUUUAGCCGGAGGGGGCGGAACGGGAUCGCCGGCCAUGGAGUCAGCGACGGCGGCCGUCCGCGGUGCUGCCGCAUCUCUCGCGCGGGCCCGGGUCUCGUUCGUCUGCGGGGGCCGCGCGCGGGGACCGCGGCGCGUGGUGGGGGCUGGCCUCGCGGCGCGCGGCCGCCGGCGGGGUGCGCUCGUCGCCGUGGCCUCGCUCCAUGAGCCGCUCCCGUCGCGCGCGCAGGAGGGUCACGUACCGGCGGCGCCGCAGGCUGAUGAGGAGGAGAUCCAUGGGAAUGGCUCUGCUGCGGCUGAAACCUCGUCUCCACCAGUUGUUUCUGGUAAGACAGUGCGUGUCAGAUUCGUGCUGGAGGAGCAGUGCGCGCUGGACCAGAGCGUCUUCCUCGUCGGCGACGACCCGGCGCUCGGCCUCUGGGAUCCGGCGAACGCGAUUCCUCUGGAGUGGGCGGAAAGCCACGGCUGGAUCUUAGAGAAAGAUUUGCCUGCCAACAAGCUGGUUGAGUUCAAGUUCUUGCUGCGAGAUUCCUCGGGAAAGUUGCACUGGCAGAAUGGGCCUAAUAGGAUCUUUCAGACAGGUGAAACCGUGAACACUUUGGUCGUCUAUGAAGAUUGGGGUGAUGUGAAGAAUCAGAAAAUAGCAGAAGAGGAGGGAGUAGCAUCUGUUGGGAUAGAGGAAGCGGUUGUUACAGAUGACAGUGAAAGCAGAAAUGAAUCUGUUCAAGCGGUUGUUUUAGAAGAUGAGCUCCAAAUGGAUGAUGAUCAGGAAGUGAACGGAGUCAAAGAAGACGAAUCCUUUGUUGCUGAUGAGGAGGACGAGAAGUUAGCCGUUCCCACAAAUGAAUCUGUUCAAAUGGAUCCGCUGAAGACAAAGGAAGCUAACACAGAAGAGCCAAUGAUGCAGAAAGAACCGGAAAUUAUAGACGAACUUCAUGAGAUGGUAGACAUGGAGAACGGCAGUGCUUUGUGUGCUGAUGAGAACUCUGCUGAAAAGACUGGAGAAGAUAAUAUCUUGUCUGAGGAUGGUGUUCCAGCUGAGGAUGGAUUGACCAGUACUUAUGAACAUGAUUUGCUUUGGGGUUGGAGGGCCCUGCAGGAGCUGAUGAUGAGCCUGGGCAUCAAAAUGGAUACUACAUGAAAGAAGCAUAAUCCACUGCUACAUAUCUAUGGGCGUCUGUUGCAGUUUGGAUGCAACGUUGCUGCUUUUUAAAGAUCCUCUGUUUUCACCUCACACCCCCCCCCCCCCCCCCCCCCCCCCGACAAAGACGCUGGCGACUGCCUUUUCUGGACUGUAACGGAAAAGCGGAGGACUCUAGCGGCUGCCAGUCAGUAUUGUGUGUAUAUUCCCUUUUCCAGAAACCCUGUUGAUUAGCAGAUGUUAAAACCGGCUACCAAUAACCGACCAUCAGUUUUUACUGUCAUUGGUGGUUGAAACUUAUCCUAUUUCAUCUCUCUUGAAGAUGUUGUGGUCUGCAGAUUCUAUCUGCGCGUUGUAUAUACCUGUGGUGAGAGGUAUGUCUAUGAGAAAAGUGUGUGCCAUUUCUCCUUUGAUGAAUGCAGUACCAUCACUAGUGGAUA